AUGGCGCCCCUCAAGAUCUCAAUACCGACGGCGCAAGACCAAACACCCGAAAAUGGCAAGGCCUAUACUUCCUAUACCAUCAAGAUCGAACACCCCUUCCCCCGCGCUACAACUAGCAUACAAAAGCGCUACUCAGACUUCUCCGCCCUCGAUUCCUCCCUCCGUUCAGAAGUUGGUUCCGCGCCGCCAGCUCCCCUCCCACCAAAAUCCUGGCUCGGUGGCUUCCUAGGCUUAGGAAGCACGGCGGGCUCACCCGAAGCCAUCGAGAAGCGACGGUCCGGUUUAGAAGCCUACCUGCGAGCAAUAGAAAGCUCCGAAGACGGCCGAUGGCGCAUUUCCAAAGCCUACAAACAAUUUCUGGAGCUGGGAGAGAAGGAUGGUAGUAACGGGAAGAAGACCACAGGCUUCCCCGGUUCACAAUUCGGCAAGGACAGAGUGAGAGAUAGUUCAGAUUGGCUGGACAAGCACUCCGAACUCAAAUCCAACCUUCAAGAUGCGCGUAGGUGGUUGACAAAACGCGAACAAGCCACCGCAGCAACUGCCCAACACGAAGCCGCAGCCAACGCGAAGAAAAGCCUCGUUCGUGCCUCUACACUCAUUUCCGCCUUGGACGAAGGACUCAGUCGCCUUGGUGGCAGCAGCAACAACAAAACAGACGAAUGGUCCGGCGAAAAACUCGGCGAUGGAGAAAUCAGAAGACGAAAAGACAUGAUCAGUGGUCUGAGAAAAGAACGCGACGGCCUCGACUCGGUACUAAACAGCAUGGCCGUCAAAGCAGCAAUAUCAGGUUCCGGAGUUUCAUCACACGCGCCAUCUACCUCGUCGGCCGCUGUAACCGAGUCGCAAAAAGCCGGUCUAUUCAAAGGCUCCGCAUCCCAAACCAAAUCAUCCAGCAGCCGUCGCGUCCUCGGAGCGCCCGCUCACGAAACAGACAAGACUCGCGAACUAGACAACGAAGGUGUUCUACAACUGCAACAGCAAAUUAUUCAAGAGCAAGACGAAGAUCUGGUUGAUUUGACAACGGUUGUGCGCCGCAUGAAGGAGAUGGGGGUUCAGAUCAAUACGGAGAUUGUGGAGCAGAAUGCUAUGUUGGGCUUGUUUGAAGAGGACGUGGAGAGGGUGGAUGGGAAGAUUAAGAUUGCCAAGAAGAGAAUUGAUAAGAUUAGGUGA